AUUUAACUAUGACAAAAGGUUUUCAGUGUGUUUUAAUUAAUAUACAAUGGUAAUAUCUGGUACCAGAAAUCAUUAACUUUCUAUUUAAUAUUAUUUGCGUCUGUCUCAUUUUGAUAACGUGACAUUUCAUAAGAUAAUAUACAAUUCGUUAAAUGGUCAACUUAAUGCGUUGUGCACCAUACUGUUUUUCUCAUUAUUACUUUUAGCUUUCUUUAAGUGCCACUCUUUUGGUAGUUGCAAUUAUUAUGGCUGGUCGAUCCAGAGGAAGGAAUAACAGAUAUCAUGUUUACAAUAACAAUAAUACUCGUAAUAAUAAUGAACAUGAUGAUAGAACUGCAAGACCUAGUACUAGUCGAGGUGGAGGUAAUUAUUCAGACCGCCAAAGUUUUAAUAAGAGAGUUACAUUCAAAGCCAAUAACCGUGGUGGUCAUAAUUUCCGAAAAAGUUGGGAAAAUAAAUCAGAAUUAGUAAGAGACCAACUAAAUAAUGAAUAUCCUAAAAGAAAUGGUCCAUCGAGAAAUAAUGGUAGUAGACGUAGAUCUUUUCCUGAAAGAAAUGCUGGAGGCCGAGGAAGUCAUACUAAUUUUAGGACUUCUUCAUGGACCUUAAAGGAAAGUAUUACUGGAUGGUAUGCAAUAUUUGUACCAAAUGUAGAAGAUGGAGAUGAAGUUUUAAAAAUAAUCCAAACUUAUAUAACACCUGUAUCAUUUUAUCCUUAUAAUAAAAGAUUAAAUAAUAAUAAUCUACAAUUUUUAGUUGAUGACCACAAAGUUGCUAAGACAUUGCAUAAUACAAGUUAUAAACUAUCAUUACGUGAUGGUAAAAAAUUAAUUAUUAAAGUUAGUAUACACUUGCCUUCACGUUUUGUAAAUUCUUUGACGCCAGUACCUUAUGAAAUAAAGCAGAAAAUGAUUGAAGCUAUGUCAACACGCUAUAAUCCUAAUACUAAAAGUUUAGAUUUAUCACGAUUUCAUGCUUGUCAAAUCUUUACAGAUAAUCAAAUGUUUGUUCCAUUAAAUCGCCCAACUGUUCUUUUGGCAACAUUAAAUAUGAUAGCACAACAAACUAAACAUGACUUAUAUGGCUUAAGUCUUGAAAAUAAUUACAUCUAUAUGGGUGAAGGAUUUAUAUGGAUUCGAAGGCUGUUUCCUGAUUUAAAGGUUUUAGAUUUGUCUGGAAAUAAGUUUCAAGAUAUUAAAGAAUUAAGUUGUCUUUCUGGUUUUGGUAUUGAAGUUCUAAAUCUUAUGAGAAAUCCAGUAGCUGAUUCAGAAGAUAAAGAGCGUUAUAGGCGAGAUAUUCAACAAUUAUUUCCUAUGCUGAAUAAAUUAGAUGAAUCGGAUUUACCAUCCCGGUACAGUGCUAUUGUUGGUUCUAAACUAAAGAUGCCAAUCAAUCUUGGUGAUAGUUAUGCACUACCAGAAGGUCAGAACCCAGAGCAACCUAACCCUGUAACAGCAUUGGUUAGCUCUUUUUUAACACAAUACUAUGAACGUUUUGACAAUCAAAUAUCUAAACAAUUAGUUGCUGAUGCAUAUCAUGAAAACGCUACGUUUUCAAUGUCUUCUUGUUUCCUUACUGAAAUGACAAAAGGAAGUCUUGGUCAAUAUUUACCUGAAAGUCGUAAUUUAAUCAAGAUACCAGAGAUGGGAAAAAUUAAAAGAUCUCGAUUUUUGCACAAGGGAAAAGAAAAUAUUGUUAAUUUUUUAGAAAAAUUGCCAAAAACCAAGCAUGAUUUAGAAUCAUUUAUUGUUGAUGUACCAAUAGCUAAUGCGGCAAUGGUUCAAAUUAUUGUGAAUGGUGUAUAUGUUGAAGAUUUUGAUUUACAUAAAAGAAUGACUAUAAGAUCAUUCUGUAGAACAUUUGCUAUAGUACCUGUUGGUAGUGGGUGGAGUAUAUUAAGUGAUAUGCUUUUUGUAACUUUAGCAAACAAUGAAUUAUAUAUGGAAACAUCUAAACGUAUGUAUGUUCCAAGACCUAAUCAAGGAAAAAAAUCAAAUUCAAAUGGGAACAAUAAUAAUAGUGGGUCUAUGUUUAUGGACGAUUAUGACGACAUGGGAGAUAUUGAUUCAGUGUACUCAAUUCCUCAGACAGCAACUCCAAAUUACCCACCAACAUACAACCACGCUAUUUUUACAGAUUUUCAAAGUUCUCCUAUGCCCACCCCAUCUAUUCAACCACCCUCCUAUCAAGCACCACAAACAUUUCAAUCAGAUCAUCUUAAUACAUUACAACAAAAUACAACUCAAGAAGCUUUUCAAUUAAAUAUACAACAAACAUCUCAGUCCAGUAACCCCUUUUAUAAUUCAUCAGCAACAACAUCUGAUAUGAAUAAAAAUCAAUCUGAAGUUAACUCAGUUGUUGCUAAUACAAGUUCAGAAAAAAUAGCUAUGAUCAAACGUUUUGCUAAUGAUUCUGGAAUGAAUGAUGAGUGGGCUGAAAGAUGUUUAAAUGACAAUGGUUGGAAUUAUGAUAAUGCUGCUGAAAGUUUUGCAAAACUCAAAGAUAAUAUACCGGCAGCUGCAUUUCAACAUUGAUAAAUAUUAUUGUGUUUUAUAACAGUUAUUGAAUCCAUUGAUAUUAAUCUAGAUUUUUUUUGGGUUAUAACUUGUAAAAAUCACACACAAAAAAAAAGACUGUGAGACAUAUUAAUACUAGAACAAUCAAAAUUAAUUAUCAAUUGUUAUUAUAUAUAUAUAUAUACAAUAAUUUUUUGUUUUUUCAAUUUUUGACUAAAAAUAAAAAAAUAAUUUUUGUUAAGAAAUGUUUGCCAUGUGUGAAAAAAGAAAAUAAUGUGAAAUAAAUUAAGCAUAUAUAAAUGCUUAACAUAUUAUUAUCAAAAUUUGUGAGGAAUCGUAACUAUUAUGCUAUAUACAACACAGUGAUGUUCAAAUACAUUUUAUGUCUUAAUGACUUAUUAAACGCUUAUAUAAGGCUUAUUCUUUGCUAAAGAAAAUUAUUAUGGCAAAACAUUUUUUUUAACUGAACAUUUUUUAUAUGUAUUUUAAUAAUAAAAAAAAAAUAUUCUCAGCUAUUUUGAUUGUUCAAAAUGUAUUAAUAUGUUUACUAAAUAAAAAAACCUAAAAUAGAUUGUGUCUAUG